AUGAUACUCGAAGCUUUCUACGAUGCGAAAGUCAAGACAAGCCCUUGGAAAAGAGUGUAUAUAUUGGCAGAGCUAAAUCGCCUGCAACAAAACUACCCCUAUGAAGACACAGAAUUGCACCAAAUGUUAGUCGCAGUCGAAGAGGAAACCGAGAUGGUGGUUGGAUUUGUGGAUAUCGAUGCACGGCCGUGCAAGACAAAAAUAAAGCUCCCGCGACCAUACUUAUCCGAUUUAUGUGUGCAUCCAGACUUUCGACGACGAGGAAUUGCCAAUAGGCUGGUCAAAACUUGUGAAGAGUUUACAAAACAAAUCCCUAGACCGGAAAUUUGGAUUCGCGUCAAGGGCGACAACAAUGGGGCAAUAGAAAUGUACAAAAACUUGGAUUAUUCCAUUACUGGACAAGAUGAAAAUGACCCGGCAAUUCUCGUGCUGCAUAAGCAGUUUGAGUCUGCAGAAUAG